AUGUUGUCCAAGACAUUGCAAAGACAAGCACUUAGGUUCAACAGCAGCUCAGUGGCCAAAUCGGCCGCUUCGUCUGCUCCGAGGGCCCUUUCCAACGCUUACCUCGGUAAGAUCGAGAACAGAUGGACCACCUUGCCCAAGGAGGACCAGCACACGUUGAUAGAGGAAUUGAAAACGAGAAUGGAGUUGCCAUGGCAAGAGUUGACCACGGCUGAAAAGAGAGCUGCCUACUAUAUAUCCUUUGGAGAGUGGGGGCCCAGAAGACCCUUGUAUGCGCCUGGGGAAAAGAGCCAAAUCUUUUGGAUUGUGACUGGGUCCGUGAUUGGCUCGAUUGUGUUGUUUAUUGGCGUCAAACAGUUGGCUUCUCCUCCUCCAAAGACCUUGGAGAGAGAAUGGAUGGAGGCUUCUGACGAGUACUUGAAAUCUAAGAAUGCCAAUCCUUUCACUGGUUACUCUCAAAUUCAAUAA